AUGCCUGAACCAUCCAGCACAGUACAGAAGCUAGAAAUUCCCGAAGAAAUUGAUUGGGAUGCCCUGAGAAAGUCCAGUCUGUUUCCUGGAGGGUUUGGAGAAGACCGCAUAAAGCUAUGGCCAAAAUUACUCAAUGUACGGGACGGGGAACACCAGGAUCUCUCUCUUUUUGAUGAGCUGCCAAGCCAUACUGAUGAACGUCAAAUACGCCUGGAUACCGACCGAAGUUUUGUGCUGUAUCCAGUAGAUAUCAGAGACGACAAAGAAUUACUUCAGGCCGAGCUCAAUCGACUGUUGGUAGCCAUAUUUCGCAAACGGUCCAAGUUGAAUUAUUUUCAGGGAUACCAUGAUAUUAUUUCGGUUUUAUUCUUAACUUUACCUCCAGAAACUCAGUUUUCCUGUGCUGAAAAGAUGAGUUUGCAUCGAGUGCGUGAUUCCAUGGGACAUGGUCUGGAACCAAUACUUGGGCUUCUUCGUGUAACCCAGAAGCUUUUGCGACUGGCUGACUCUAAUUAUGCAGAGCUACUAGAAAGGCGCUUUGGUGCUCAUCUUAUCUAUAGGAACUCUCCGCUUCCCUUCUACGCCUUGUCCAACUUAAUCACCCUCUUUUCUCACGACAUGCCGACAUUACGAUUAAUACAGCACGUUUUCGAUUACUUGUUGUGUCGUCCACCAGUUAUAACUAUCUAUCUAGCCACCGCGAUUCUUCUGUCACGUAAAGACGAGAUACGACGUCUAGAGGAAGAGGACGAAGAGGGCAUGAUACAUUCACUGCUUAGUGGCUUGCCGAACAUAAUGGAUGAGUUUCCCUCAUUCACGGACAGCGUCGUAAAAGCAGAGGAGGAUAUGCCGAUCUCUACCGAAGCGUUAGAUCAGGAACGUCCUGAAUGCCCAACAUCUGCCGGUAACAAGUCGACAGCAACCGCCGCCAAGGAGGAACCUUGCCAGGAUUUGACUGCCUGUGAUUCUGUUCCUGAAGAAACAAAGAGAGAGGAUGAUGGAUAUAAGGAGUCAACGUGCAGCAGCGUGAAGGAUGUCGUUAAAGACGAAAUACCCGAGCAAGCAAUUUCGACCACCUUUCCGUUAGAUUCGAGGGAUGAAAUAUCCUCUACACAGACUCCCUCCCCUCCUUCCAGCUUCUCUCACCAGGAAUCAUCCAGACAUUCCCUUCGAAAGCCAUCCGUAAGUUUGACGUCGCUUUUGAUACAGGCCGAUCAUCUUUACGAGAUGUACCCUCCUUCACAUCCAUCACUCGCACUAUCGUCCAUCAUGGGUCCACAAAGUGUCAUAUUUACGUGGACCCCCUCCUCCGCUGAUCUACCCAGCGACGAUUCGGCAGAGCGGAUGGUUGAGUAUCCUCAGCUCGUUGUUUAUCCCUAUGUGGACCAGGAGGAGGACAGCGACCCGAAGGAAAGUCGGACAGGCGCACGACGUAGGCACCCCAUAAAGCGACGAUCGGGAUUCAGACUCAGAGAUCGUAAAACCAUGAUUGCAGGUGCUGUUUUUGCGCUAGGUGUUGCAAUGGCUGUGUAUGGAGUGCAGAGUGGUAUUGUCUACGGAGAGGGGCGGCGUACGAACUUCCACUUUCACAAGGAUUGGAAAAGGUUGGGAGGCUGGGCCGGGAGGUUUCUUAUCGGGGCUGGGAACAAGAUAUUGCACUUAGGCGACGCGCUGUAG